AUGUUGUCCAUGGCAUCGAAUCGAGUCAACACAGCUGAAGUACAGAUGUGCAGCCAACCAACGGUGGGCUGGCAGGACUGGAGGUCCACUCUAACGAGCGUGGAUGACAAAGAGCAUGAUGUCAAUGCAGCGAUCUUGCUCGAUAUCGAUGAUGCCGUCAGCUCGCUGUCCUCGGACUCCACCACGGUCGUGGAGGACGGGAGCAUGCAAGAGUCGAAGAAGGCGAAGCUUUCGCACCAUGUCACUGAGAGCCCCAAGAUUUCAGAUGACGAGGAGAAGGACGUUCAAGAUGCCAUCGUUCUCACGCAAUCUAGUCCGUGCAAGGUUGUCUUCAUGGAGAGGAACAAGAUGGUUGUGGCAUCGAGCACUGAUCAUCAGAAUGCUUCAACUGAGCACAUAGUCGUGGCAAGCAACAGCAGCACGCUGGACUCUUGGUAUCCUCAACCUGCCGGGAGGUUCAGUCCCCCCCUCACAAGCCACGUCCCGAAGCACAACCCGGCUCCGCCUGCGAGGCUGCACAGCAAGGAGGUGGAGUUCUACCUCAAGCAGUUCUACCUCAAGCACAACCCCGCCAAGGUGUCUGAGGCCCCUGAGAUCGCCAAGCUCUACCAUCACUCGCUGCACAAGCUUGAGGAGGACCUGUUGCGCAAGUACGGCACCAACCUCGGCCUGACCACCUCAGGCACCCACAAGACCCGCACACAUCCAGUCAGUCACGUCAGCUACGUCGACCAUCUUGAUACUCCUCGACCUCAAACUCGUCCAGGCUCGCUGACCUCGCAAGGCUCUCAGAGCUCUCGAGGUUCUACUUCAAGGCCCAUCGUUCAGUCAGAUAGGCGAUCAAGCGAGGUGAACGCCAGCAAGCGAUACCGUCAAGAGCUGCCGGCGAGGCAUCAGCCCCAGCUGAGCAUUCUCGUUCCUUAUCAGAUGAAAGGCAGCGUCAAGAGAGCCGCUGCUGCCAUCGCCGUCUCUCCCUACCCUCUCAUGGAUAUCAAACAACGACCCUCACAGAGGGUCCGCUGCCAGGCCAUGGACGCUCCUCCGGUCUACAUGCAGGCAGGAUGGAUCUACUGA